GUUGCUCAUCAGCCGCUGCACCGGCAAAGCGCAGCGGGGAGCGGCCAGGCGGGCGGAGGGACGAGCGCGGUGAGUCGAGGUUUUCGUUGCCGCCGCCGGCAUGGUGGACAGCAUCUACCGGACGCGCUCGCUGGGCGUGGCGGCCGAGGGGCUGCCGGACCAGUACGCGGACGGCAAGGCGGCGCGCGUCUGGCAGCUCUACAUCGGGGACACGCGGAGCCGCACGGCCGAGUACAAGAGCUGGCUGAUGGCGCUGCUGCGGGGCCAGCGCUGCCAGACGGUGCUGGACGUGGCCUGCGGGACCGGGGUGGACUCUAUCAUGCUGAUUGAGGAAGGGUUCAGUGUCACUAGUGUGGAUGCCAGUGACAAGAUGCUCAAAUAUGCUUUGAAGGAGCGAUGGAAUCGUCGGAAAGAGGAAUCUUUUGAUAACUGGGUCAUCGAAGAGGCCAACUGGCUCACCCUGGCACAGGACCUGCAGAAGCCUGGUGAUGGUUUUGAUGCCGUCAUCUGCCUUGGGAAUUCUUUUGCACACCUCCCAGACUUUAAAGGUGACCAAAGUGCUCAUAAACAGGCUCUUAAGAAUAUUGCCAGUAUGGUGCGCCCAGGCGGCAUUCUUGUUAUUGAUCACCGUAACUAUGACUACAUCCUGGAAACAGGCUGCGCCCCUCCAGGGAAGAACAUCUACUACAAGAGCGACUUAACUAAGGACAUCACCACAUCUGUACUCCUUGUGAAUAACAAACCAAAUAUGGUGACUCUGGACUACACAGUGCAGGUGCCACCUGAAGGGAACGAUGGGAGCCCAGAACUGAGUAAGUUCCGUCUCUCAUACUACCCUCACCGCUUGGAGCCCUUCACAGAACUUCUGAAAAACGCGCUACAAGGCCAGUGUGAACACAGCGUCCUGGGAGACUUCAAACCCUACAGGCCAGGCCAGGAAUACACCCCAUGCUACUUCAUUCAUGUGGUGAAGAAGAUUGGCUGAGACUUGCUCUAAAGAAUGUAGCCUCUUUUCAGUGGCUGAAGUGGCCAGUUGCUACUCCUGCUGUGCAGCAAAUCUUGUUUAAAUGAUAAUGAAUGUGUAUAGAAGGUGCCCGAACCAGAAGAGGGAAAACUGGCUGGAGGAUUUUUUUCUCUGCAUCUCUUUCUUCCCAGGGCCAUGAGGCUGAUCUGCUUUAGGGACUGGAGGAGCUGUUUCUCAGUGGCCUCAAAGAAAUGGGUGUAAUUUACAUCUGAAUUGUAUGCAAAGCUUUGUGGCUGGUUAAACUGUAUUUUCCUGCC